CAAGCAUCAUUCAGCACUGGAUGUGCACGAUAUAACCGUAACUAGGGAAGCAUGUGUAACCAUAGUGUUCGGUGUUAGAAUGAGAGGCAGUGGAUCUUUUGCUCUUCUUUUUGCGGGAUAUAUUGGACGGCAGUUUGAUAGAACUUGGUAGGACAGGGCUACCAUCUCCACCGGAACGAAUGUCAAACAGGGAAAAUUACCAUUCUUUGAAGUUGUGCUUUGCUUUUACCGCGGAAUUAUGGGGUGCUUGUUUAGUUAUGCGUUCGCAUUGCUGACGAGUUUAAUGUUCAUACACAUGCACUUCUGUGACAUAAAUUUUGAAAGGUUUAAAGGGGAGAAUAACCAAAGUGCGAAUAAUUACACUAUCUCUGCUGAAGGUGAGAAUCACACUUUAAUCAGUGAUGGAUUUGAUAUCAGUAAUGGCUCAAAUUUUGGAAAGCAACGUACUUUCGAAGGCAACCUAAAUAGUGCAAGCGAUGACAAUUCCGACAUUUUGGAUAAUAGCAGUUUUGUAUCAAACACCUCAGCAUAUGCCAAAGAUUAUAAUAUUGCAAAACACACAGAGAUUGAUGACAAUGAUGUCGGUGAUAUUGUAGGACUUUCUUCAGGUAUUUAUCCAAGCACAACCAUAGAUGCUGCCGAAAAUAAAAUUUCUUCCCUCCAUUCAGAAGGAUUACGUGGCAAUUUGGAGUAUGCAACUGGCGGGAGAACUAAUAGACCAAGUAGCAACGGUUUCGGGGAGGAUUUGACAAAAAGGAAUGGAUACUAUACAAAGAGAUAUUCAAAUAGUGGUUAUUUUCGUUCUUCAAAUGUUAUUGAUUCGCUUGGUGUAAAACGUCAGUCUGGUGCGGUGAAUGGUGGCGAUAAUUUUGAGUCUUCACAUGAUACGUUGUCAAACUCCAGUGACAAAUUGAUAUCUAGCAGUGGUGAUGUAGUGUCUAAAAGUGAUGUUUUGUUGGCAGGUAGUGAUUUUGUUCAUGAAAGCAGUACUUUGUUGACCACAAGUGAUGAUAAUUCAGUAACAAUAACUAACGUUUAUGUAACAAAUAAUUAUAACAUAUCUAAUUUAAGUAUCGUUCAAAGUAGUAGUUCAUAUGUUGCCGAUGAUAUUAAUGUGAUGGCCACAUCUAACAACUUAGAUAAAAAAGGCAAGCAAUUUACUUUAGAAAGCGUAGCUGCAGUAGCGACCAGUCGAGAGUUGAUUGACUCUUUCGACGGGAUACGACCAAUGACCCCCUUAUUGAAAUAUCGAACAGAAAAGGAAACUUUGCAUCAGAAGUUUGACGCACAUAAAAUCCACAAAUCCGAAACGCCAUUAGAAGGAUCUUUCUUCAUCACUUACACUAAUAAUAAUACUUCCAAGUCAGACCUUGUUUUACCCACCAAAACAAUUCCGUUGUCCUUCAUGCAUACCACCAACACAGUUGCCUCCAAGAGAAUACAUUUCAACGAGCCAUCGCGGCACAUACUUCCAAAUAGGGUCAAGUCGUUCAAUGAAAAUGCAACUAUGCAAAAACAAAAUAAAACCUAUCGCCCACUUUCUAAACUCAGAGAUAAAGAUACUCUGCCGAGUAAUCGUACCUUACCCAACGUUAUCAAAGGUAAAAGGGUGAGGACGGAUUUCCAUAAGUUUCUCCGGACAGGAAAUCGUGGUCUUGGCGGCGCAGCGGAAUACAAUUCUAACUCAAGGAAAAGAAUUUAUAUUGGGGGUCUGUUUGAGUUGAGCCAGACCACGUAUAGUGUAAAUGGUCGAUCUGAACUGGCUACGGCCCAGAUGGCUAUUGAUGACGUGAACGAGAGAGGGAUACUUAAAGGAUAUGAACUAGUGAUGAAACACAAUGACACAAAGUGUGACCCUGGUGUUGGUAUGGACGCCCUGUUUGAUUUCAUCUACAACAAACCCCAGAUUCACAUGGUCAUCGGUUCAGCAUGUUCGUCCGUCACUCAGACCAUUGCUCAAUUAGUCUCGAAUUGGAAUCUACUCCAGAUCUCAUAUGCUGCUACUUCGCCCGCCCUCAGCAACACGGAUUAUUAUCCGGAUUUUUAUCGCCUUGUUGCCGCCGAUUCAUCACAUAACACUGCUCGGAGGAUUUUUAUUCAACAUUUUGCCUGGAAUACUAUUGCCACAAUCACCGAAGAUGCAGAAAUUUAUACACUCGCAGUAAGCGAUAUGUCUAAAGUUUUCGAAGGUGCUAAUAUAUCCAUCAUGGCUUCGCCAACAUUCCGAGCCAGCGAACACAAGGACCUACAACUAAAAAUGGAGGAUUUACAGGAGGAAGAUGCUCGAAUCAUCAUUGGAAGUUUCGGCGAAAACGCAGCCAGGCAGGUGUUUUGUGAGGCUUACCGUCUUGGCCUGUAUGGUCCCCGCUAUGUCUGGAUGAUACUUGGCCAGUACACAGACAGGUGGUGGACUGUUGGAAACAACACAAACUGUACCGUGACGCAGUUGAGCAUGGCAGUGUCGGGACUGUUUACAGUUGAUGCACUGAAUGCCCUCCUGGGGGAGAACCCUUCAACGUCUGGACUGAAAACAGAUGAGUUUUUAGGAAAGUACACAUCUCUUGGUCUUCCAUCUCCAAGAAGUCCCUAUGCACCACAGACUUAUGACACUGUAUGGGCGGUGGCGCUCACCUUGAGAGAGGCAAUUUUAAGAGAAGCAAAAAUAUAUGAGUUCACAUACAACAGUGGAAUAAAGAUGAAGAAUAUGUUCAAGAAUAUUGUGGAAAACCUGGAGUUCUUCGGAGUUUCUGGACCAGUGUCAUUUGAAGGUCCGGACAGGCGAGGUGUAACCGUUCUUCAGCAAAACCAAGGUGGUAAAAUGGUACGUCUUGCUCUCUGCUACCCCGACAGUGAUACACUUGACUUCCAAUGUCCUGGAUGUCAACCUGUCCUUUGGCAGGGCAAAGGUGGAAAGGUUCCAAAUGAUAAAACGAAUAUCAAGUCGUACAUGAAAGUCAUCCAAGUCACAGCAUUUAAUGCCAUCACAGGCAUCUCGUGUUUCGGAAUCACGAUGGCAUUAGUUUUCCUCUCCUUCAAUCUUUUUUAUAGAAAAUUAAAAUAUAUCAAAUUAUCGAGUCCCCGACUCAACAACGUGGCUGUGAUUGGUUGUAUAUGGGUCUACUUGGCUGUCAUCCUCCUUGGUUUCGAUGAAAGAAAUAUCCCAGAGGCCUUUUCCCCUGCAGCUUGCACGGUUCGAGCUUUUUUAUUCGCAGCAGGGUUUUCCCUUUCAUUUGGGGCAAUGUUCACCAAGACCUACCGUGUACACCAUAUAUGUUCCAGAGCAAGUAGUGGCUUAGUUAUAAAGAAGCUCCUUAAAGAUAAGCAGCUCCUCUUCAUCGUCGGUGCCUUACUGAUCGUAGACAUCUUCAUCAUAUCACUGUGGGCCAUUGUUGAUCCUAUGCAAAGACAAGUCCUUAACUUUACUGAAGAGAUAUCAAAAGAAGACCCUGACGUUAUAUUCGUCCCCCAGCUUUCCCGCUGCUACUCCAUACACAUACAGAAAUGGACUGGUGCUCUAUAUACCUACAAAGGCCUCCUGCUUAUAUUUGGCGUCUACAUGGCUUGGUCUACCCGGCAUGUAAAAAUUCCUGCUUUGAAUGAUUCCCAGUACAUCGGCUUUAGUGUCUACAAUGUGGUCAUCAUGAGUGUGAUCGUUGUGGUGCUGUCAAAUAUUCUGACGAAUGAACCAACCAUGUCGUACCUCAUCAUAUCAUCCUGUAUAUUACUCUCUACGAUGGCAACGCUAUGUCUCCUUUUCCUACCAAAGAUUUAUACUAUAGUGAAAAUGGGCGGGAAUCACGUAAUAACUACGUCCGGAUUAACAGUGGAAGCCAAUACGAGGCGCUUCAUUGUCGAUGACAGAAAAGAGAUGUAUUACAGGGCGGAGGUGCAAAAUCGGAUUUUCAACAGAGAAAUAAGGGAGCUUUAUCAAGAAAUAUCCCGAUUAGAGCUGCUGUCAGAAAUGCCAGCGUCACCUCGGUAUCACAAGAAAGAUGAAUAUGUGUUGAUAUACCCGCCAGACAAGAGAAGCGGCAAACCAGAAAAUUUCGGCAAGGGAGUGAAAUCAGAAAUAAAACAGCUCGACCAAGUCACCGACGAAGAAGACAUAUCCGAUCUUCCGGACGUCUGCGCUGGCCAUUUUGCUGACCGAAAACAGCAGAUGGACAAGGAGGAUUCAGGCAUAUAUACCAUGUCAUUUAAAAGCAACCGCAGUUGCAUGUUGCAACCAAUAGAGUCGACGUGCUCCAUAGACGAAGAGACAGAGCUAACAGAAAUAGAAGGAUUAAAAGAGGAAUUGCUAAAUGAAUACAGGUUGAGGAAUUUCUCCUCCGAGUUUUAUAUGUAUUCAGAAAUGGACAGUCACGUAGUCCGAGGUACGAAUCGUCGCCAGACAAAAUAUGAAGGAACUCAACAUGAACGGCAGUCACUUUUACGACACUGUGAGCAGUCGCCGACAGAAAACACAUGUGCACUGGUGUUUGGAAGGACAUGUCCAACAGGGCCUUUGGGUAAUGAUCUUGAAAUGACUGUGCUGACUUCAUCUGGUGCUAGGAAAUAUGUUAUAAAUGAAUCGACAAAAAACGUUGGCGGAUCACAUGAUAAACAAGAUCAGGGCAGUAGGAUUAGGGCAUGCACAUUUACACCUUCGGUGGAGGUUACUCCGCCACCUGAAGAGGGUGAUCGAGGACGAAAUCAUGGAGGUGACGCUAAAGGAAUACGCAAAAGCCGGAGUGAACAGGAAAAGAUUCAGGUGGAGUUUUCAAAAAUAAAAAGACAAUUAAAGUCAUUAGGUGAUUUACAAGUCGAGGUUGUCCAUGUAUGACAAUGGGGUCACUGAAAAUGUCCAACAACGAUAAUUUUAUGGCCAACUGAGUAAAUGUAUUAUGCGAUUAACGACUACUGCGAAUUAAUUUAAGGUAAAUCACUGUUAAGGAAAACUACUGUUUUUCCAAAAAUAUGACCUUACUAUCAAUUUCCAAAAUCACAGCCCUCACAAUACAUUUACUUCAAAACAGAAUGACUGCUCAGAGAGUCAGCAAAAACAGCGCGGUGGACUUUUUUUAAGACAUGGACG